UUAAAAAACGUUUUUGUUAACAAAAGUUUUAAAAGUAAAAACUUUAAAUUUGUACAUUGAAAAUGAUAAGUUCAUGUAAUUUUUUAUUUAAAAAAAUUGAACAAAAAAACAAGGAAAUGUUAUGAAAAAAAUAUAUUUAAUAAAAAAAAAAAGAGAACAAAAAAAAAAAAAAAGAAAACAGAAACUUUGACUGCUGCUAAGUCAUCUCUAGAUGUAGUUUGAAAAGUGAAGUUGUGAAUUUAGAGUUGAUUGGAUGAUUUGGAUUUUGAUUGGUCCAAAAAGUAAAGGACAUUAAUAAAUAAAAGGUUGAAUCCUAGAACUUAAAGCAGCUGAAUAUCUGUCCAAGCUAGAAAAAAAAACCCACCACAAUCAUAUUAUCCACCCAGAUUUGUUUAAAAAGUCAUGUUGGCAAUUUGCAUUUGAUAUCUCAGAUUAUUGCUUGCUGCCUGUGAUAGUAAGAUGAGUUCACUUGGUGAUGAUUGCUACUUUUUCUGUACUUCAUCUUGUGCCAAGGGAUCAGCAUGCCCUUUCCGACAUGUGGAAAGUGCAAAAACUGCAAAAAUUAUUUGCCAGCACUGGCAAAUGGGAAACUGUUUAAGACCAAUGUGCAAGUUUAGACAUUCAGAUUUCAAGCUUCAGAUAGACUUGUCUGAAACUCCAUGUUAUUGGGAGUCUCAGCCCUCGGGAUGUUUAAAAUUAAACUGCUCAUACAAACACUCUAAGCCAAGACCUACUACAGUGAUUACUGGUAGCUCCAAUGAUAAUGUUUUAGCAGCUGUUUCAAACAGUGGCAACUCUGAAUCAGCAACAACACCAGCCACUCCUGCUUCUACCAGUAAACCAGAGGUACUAGAGAAGAACAAUGUGGUGAAACAACCAGAUACAGCCACAGUUGAAGUCAAGACAACAAUUGAAGGCAGCACAGACAAUCUGGACUGUGAAACCCCAAAAAAGGCCACCCCCAUUGAAUCACCAGUCAAAGUAAAACCUGUGGUGCACAAAAAAAUGAAAAAAAAGAAAACAGAAGUUUCUGCCCCCAAGGAAAAUCUGGAACCUGCUAAAGUGAAAAAGUUAAAAAAGAAAUCUCACCUGAGUGUUAAAGACAGGCUAGGUGCACCUACACAAGCUGUUUUAGCCAAUCAGAGCUCUACUAGCACUGACUCUAGUUCAGAUUCUGAAGACUCCAUUGAAAAUAUCAAAGUGAUGUCUAUGGAAGAAAUAUUCAGACAGAAAGCUCUUGAAUCUAUGAUGAAAAAAAGAGCUGAAGGCAAAAUCCCUGAACCUACCAAUUCUAGCACCCCAAUAGUAGAGAAGAAAGUGUCCAGUCCUAUCGAUGCACCGAGCUCAUCAACUUCAGAAGAGAGUGCUGCCACAUCAUCAUCAAAUGAAGUUGAGGAAGAAUCUGAAGAGUCAGAGUCAUCUGAUGGUGACUCCUCUAGCAGUGCUGAGUCAUCUGAUUCUGAACAAGAUUCAGGAGAGAACUUUGAGCCUGAUGUCAGGAGAGUGGUUGUAGAAAUUGAAACUGAAGACCUUUCCAAAAAGAGAGAGAAAUUGAAGAAGGAGAAAAUACCUAUGAAAAAGAAGAAAUCUGAUCCAGUGAAAAUUUCAUUUUUAGAAACUAAACAGCGACAGAGAACAGUGGAAAGAGUGAAAAGAAAAGUCACAGAUGAAGAUUAUGAUUCAGAUGACCUGGUGUCCAGUCGGGUCAAGCAGCCACUUGUUCUAAAUGUCCAUGAUCGCCUUGGCAAAUCUCAAACCCUUUCUGGUUCUCAGGCCAAAUCGAAGAGUUAUCAGACUGGGCUACUUAGUUUGUCCAAGUCAAAGAAACCUCAGCCUGGUCUAGUUAGUCUUUCUAAGAGAGUUGUAUCUGUAGACAAAGAAGUGCAAAGAAAACCAGUCAAAGUCAAAGCUCCAAAACUUGUCCUUGAUAAAGAAGCUGAUCCCUUAGCUGAAGUCAAAGUCAAAACAUUAGAAGAAAUCAAACAAGAAAAAAUGAGGAAAUUAGCAGCAGAGCAGCAAAAAGAAACAUCUUCAAUGAAACCAAGUCCGAUAGAAACAUCUUCACUGAAACCAAGUCCGACAGAAACAUCUUCACUGAAACAAAGUCCAACAGAAACAUCAGAUAAUAUCAAAGAAGCUAACAAAAAGCGAAAGGUUUUAUUAUCAGAAGAUAUUCCUACAGAUGAGGUGGUCAGCUCUAAAGCCAACACAAAUAUGAAAAGGCUUAAGAAAUUUGCUCAAAAGAACAAAAAGUUAUUACCGCUUGACUCAAGUUUACCUGCACCAGAAAGAAAUGUUGUGACCUCCCCUGUUCAAGCUCCUAGUGAGAUUAAGAUAGCCCAACGUGAUACUGUGGUUCCAGGUGAGGAGGAGAAGGUUCUAGUGAGUAGGAAACAUAAACACAAGCACAAAGAAAGAAACCUCAAGAAACCAAAGACCGAACGGCAGAUCUACAUUCCCCCAGCAAUGAAGAAUUCAAUGUCAGCUGAGAAGAGCUUGGAGGUGAAGGCUAAAGAAACAGAAACAGCCCUGGUGCCUUUGUCAGCUCCCAGGAAAGAGAGACAUCCAAUCGCAGCAGUCUGGUCAGCCGGAUUGUCAUUGUCAGCUAAAGGUGAACAGAAGCUUGAUGCUAGCAGAAUCAGUAGCUUGCAACCAGUUGUUGAAAAGAGAGACAUCAAACAAAGGAUUGGAUUGGCAGUAGCCCCAAUGAAAACUAUUUCUCCAGUCAAAGAGACUAAAACAGUUGUCAAACCUUCUGAACAAACAGAUUCUACUAUGGUGAACAUCAAAUCAUUCUCUGAAAUUAUGUCAGAAAAGCGUCGCCGAAGACAAGAGAUGCAGUCCCAAAAGAAUGGAACAGAGAAUACAACUCUUGGACAAGAUAGGACUAAACCUUAUGACAGCAUUGAAACUAAACCAAAACCUGCAUUUAAACCUAUUGUUUUUGAUCUUGAUCAAAAUAAUUCAUCAGGCGAUAUGAAAACAAGUCAAGAGCCAGUCAGCAUCACAUCAACCUCAUCACAAUUUAACAGACUCUUCGAUAAAAAAACUUCUUUUCAAGCAUCUAAAGAAAAUGAAUCUACUAUUUCAUUUUCAGACUUUGGGGAACUCUCCCAUAAAGUGAAAUUAAAAUCAGCCAGUCAUCUCAGUGGUAAAAAAGAAAAACUGUUCAAACGAAAGAAAAGUUUUGAGCAAGCUCACACCAGCACCAAGAGCAAGUUAGAGAGUUGUGACUCCAACUUGGAGCCACCAUCUACAACGCAGCACACCACUGUAUCGUCAGUGUCACGGAAUGUUCCCUCUCAAAUGAAAGACUCUAAGCAUGGUGCCUCGUCUUCACAUUUCCAUACUCAGAAACCUGCCAUUACUGUAGCAUUAUCUACAAAUACCAUUACAGUAACACCAUCUGGAGUGAAACCAUCACAUCAGACUGGAAUUCUAUCACCAACACUAGACACUUUUAGCACUGAUACAGAACCUUCCAAGAAGAAAAGUCGUCCAUCUCUAGAAGAUGAAUUCAAUUUCUUUGAAGAUGAAGGCUAUGACUACAAUGUCACAGAUGAUGUGGAACCUAUUGAUGAUCUACUUCAAAAUAUUGAUGAUCUGCUCUCUUGAAGCUUGCACAUAUUUAGCCUCUUUUUCUUUUCCAUUUUUUUUAGAAAACCACAUUGAAGAUAUUUUUGAUUUACUGUUGCAUUUUAACUUGUGAACACAUGGAUGAAAAAAAAAUGUCUUUCUUAGUAAUUCACAGUACAAACUACAAGUAGGCAUCUAAUUGUGUUUAUUCAUUGAUACAUUUCAAUGAUAGUUUUUAACACAUUGAACAAAAAAAAAGUUUAUUUUUGUCUGGUUAAGUUUUUGCUUACCUAGAUAAGUUCUUUAGUAAACUUAUGGUACAGUAUUAAAAUCUUUCACUUAUUUGACCCAAACUAGACACUAUUUAUGUUUGUUCAUUAGGUUCAAUAAUAAUGAUCUAAUUUAGAACUAGGAUAGUGUUUCUUAGAGUGACAGUAGUUUUUAAUCAGUUCUGCAUUUAAGAUUGCAAUUAUUACUUUUGAAGGACAAUUUCAAGUUUAUGCUGCAUUCUUAAUCCAUAUCAAGCCGAAGUUUAAUCUCACAGCUCAUCUAGUCAUGAAUUAAUAGAUUUGGCUCUGGAGUUCUCUUCAUUAAAGAUAAAGCAGUAAUUUUUUCUUUUAUAUUUUGAACUGAACUUAGAUAAUAGACAAUAUAAUUGUUUCAAUUUCUACUUGAAAACCCAGACGUAAGCUUAUAGGCAAACAUAUUUGUUCAUUGGUACAACUAAAAUACUCACUUUUCUUUCUUCUUUAAAUUGAUUAGUACCCCCCCCCCCCCUGCAUAUCUAUUUGAAAUAUUUUGUAAUAUUUUCUUUUUAAUUGUUGUUGCUGUGCAAUCAAUUUGUUCAAAAUCCUUAGUCCAGUUCUAUGGUCAAAACCACAACACAUUAUUUAAACACAGUAGCAGAGUUAGAUGGUGAUAUAUAGUAGUAGUCUUCUCUUAAAGCAAGAAACCGUUUAGCAUUAACCCACCAUGAACUUUGUUAGAUAAUGUUGUACAAGUGAGAUGUGUGCUCAGAGAGAGAGAAUAAUGCAGUCAGAUUUUUUCCCCAAUGAAUUGGUCUUUGAAGAUAUUGAGAGAGAUGCCCAGUAGAAAAUUUACAAGAAAAGCUAACAGUAAAAUGCUAAUUUUGUUGUGACUGAAGCAUUCAGUGUACAAUGUCAUGUUCUGUUGACUGAUUGAAAUGAAUUUGUUGUAAAUAAUUGUCUUCUUGUUGGAAAAGAAUUCAGAUUUUUUUGUUAUUCAGGGAUGAAUAUCAUGAAAAAUAAAUUUGAUUUUGAUUUUUA